UUUUGUCUUCAGUGGAUCUAUUUGUCAGUCCAGUAUAUGACAGAAAACAACAAAAUCACAAGUUUUCUUUUCAAGGAGCUUCACAAAUGAAUCAGUGGCCGGCUGCAUCGUGUUAAAAGUGGAUUACUUUCUGUGCGCCACCGUGGUCAGGAAGUGAGUGUGAGCUCUCCUCAGACAGGAGAUAAAGAGUCUGAUGCGACUAGUUAUGRGAACAACUUGUGUUAAUCCUUUCUCGUGUGACUCAUAGUAAUAUUCAGUCCCUUAUGAAGCCCGACGUGGAGCAGGAGAGACACAGAGUCACUUUAAUCCUUCCCUGAGACUCAUCCAGGCUCUCUGUGAGGGGAGAGAGAAGAGUUUCGUAUGAUGUCYGUGGUGGGUGCGCAGCCUUUCAUCAAACCAAUGCAGACUUCACCGUCAGUCUCGCCGGGGAUCCAGCGGCGGCACACGCUCCCUGCCAGCGAGGUGCGACCGCUCAACACGCAGGACGCCAUCAGCGUCUUCGAAAUCGAGAGGGAGGCUUUUAUCUCAGUGUCAGGUGAGUGUCCCCUCCACCUGGACGAGGUGCGUCACUUCCUCACACUCUGCCCUGAGCUCUCCAUGGGCUGGUUCGAGGAGGGCCGGCUGGUGGCUUUCAUCAUUGGGUCUCUCUGGGACCAGGACAGGCUGACCACGGAGGCGCUGACCCUCCACAAGCCCUGYGGCUCCACCGUCCACAUCCACAUCCUGGCCGUCCACCGCACCUUCAGGCAGCAGGGCAAGGGCCCCAUCCUGAUGUGGCGCUACCUGCAGUACCUCCGCUGCUUGCCCAACGUGCGCCGGGCCGUGCUCAUGUGCGAGGACUGCCUCAUCUCCUUCUACCGCAAGUCGGGCUUCAAGGUGCUGGGCCGCUGCGCCAUCACCGUGGCCAGCCUCACCUUUACGGAGAUGUGGUACCCCAUCAACGGCCACGCCUACAUGCGCCGCAACAGCGAGGCCAUCCGCUUCCCACAGCAUCCCCUGACCCUGCCACUCGCAAAGACUGACGAGCAGGUUGACAUGUGACUUCCUUUGACCCAAAAGCAAAACGUGUUGUCGGUGAUGACUUUGUUUCGUCGUUUGUUGGACUUUUUUCUGCUCGGAUUUGUUUGAUCCUGUGUGAAAUGUUCUGUUCAGUAAACAGGAAUGUGUUAGUCCAAGCUGUGAAGUGGUUUCUGUGUAAUCUUAUCAAUGGAAAGUGAUGUGUUUAACUCUAACUUUACCUACAUGUUAGAUCUGUAAGCCGUUUCCUGCUUAUACCCGCACCCCCUCCCAUGCUUCUCACGCCUCAUGAGCUGACGUCAGCCAUCGUCAGGGUUUAGCUGCUCAGUAACAGCUCGUCCAGCUCCUCUACRGGAGCUUUAGCUGCUGUAAACAUCUGAGGAUUUAGAGCCUCUUGUCAGUGAGCCUGCAGAGCCAUCGGACGGCGUUCUCAUCUGCGAAGCCAGACUUUGGAAAUUUGUUCCCACGAGUUUGUUUGUUUCUCUUGCAGCAACAGAAUGUCAAUAAAAUGUUUUAUACCUUG